CAAUUCUGCCUUGCCGAGCUGAGGAGAGGCCUAGACAUCUUCCGAAUGAAGACAUCAGCAACACUUCUUCCAACAGGCGAAUUCGACCUCCAUAUGCCGUUGCCCUCGGAUGCCAAGUUCAUGCCGCCAACCAUUCCAGUGAAAGGUCUUUCCUGCAUCGCCGUUGUUUUCGCACAACUGUACAUGGACGGCGAAUUCCGUGGACCUUGA